UUAGUAGGCCCUGAAUUAAAAAAUAAAUUUAAUAAAAGCGAAAAGACUAAAUUAGCCUCAAGUAUAUAAGAGACGUCACCUACCUUUCUCUCGUUCAGACGCCAUUAUUUCAUUUCCAAGGAGAGAGAAAACAAAUCUCACUCACCUGAAACAGAAAGAAAUCUAGAAAAAAACCGAAAAAAUCAAGAAAUCUUCCUGAAAUCUGUUCCAAAACAAAGAUCGAGAUCAAAAACUAUUCAUCAUUUGCUAACCCCUAAAUCAGAGAAACAGAUCGAAAAAGUUUCAGAUUCAAAAACCAAAAAAAAUCAAAAGAAACAGUUUCAGAUUCAGUUUCAUUAUUCGCCGUUGUUACUUUCCUGUUGAUGAAAUACUCCGACGAUUAAUCACUAGAUCGGAGAAGGAGAACAAUCGUUUGUGCAUAAAAUCCAUGAAAUAACUGAUUAAAUAGAAACAAAGAUUCAGAAUCAAAUUUCUUUUGGAAUAAAAAUGGUGAAAGGAAAAAUGAAUCCCCCUAGAAAAGAUGAUACAAUUACAGGAAACCUAAGGCAGUCGUUGAAUGCAGUAAAGGAUUUAGUAAAGGUGAUAAAGCCUAUAGGACUGACUGAUAGGGCUCAAAGAUAUCUUAGGAGAGCUGCUUACGGAGAACUCGUAAUGAUGUAUUACGAUGACUAUGAUACAACUGUACCAACUACAACAAGACAGAUAACUACCAACAAACACGGCGUCUUGAAGCUCUUGAACUGCUUUGACAUGGAUUGUGAGACACCAUGUUCAUUCAGGUUUGCUGAUGAUAAGAUUAUAGAGUCUACACCGGCAAAGCUGGCUGGUAUAUUUUGCAUGCAGAGGAUUGGAAGCAGAAAGGGUCAGAAGCUGUUAAAGUACUAUUGUCCUAGUGAUUUGACUGACAAUGUUUUAUACAGCAAAUACUUCACCGAUAUCAAAUCUACAAAGCAUCAGACGACGGUGACUAAGACGAACAUUUUAGAGAAGAUAAAACAACUUAUGGCAAAAAGGAGAAAAAGUGGGAAAAGAAAGAAAGUUGAUGAAAAGGAUCUAGUUUGCCUGAUAGGUCUUUAUCUUUGCUGUGUAUUGUUUUUUGGCGACAAAAAUGCCAAUGGAGUGAACGCGAAAUAUCUUAGUAUCGUUGAAACUUAUGAUACGGUGCUCAAGGUGUCGUGGCCUGAUUUAAUACACGAGCACUUGUUUGAAGAGAUUCAUACUAAUCUUAGUUGUUUGUCAAAUGUGAAGGCUUGUGUGCAAUACCUACUGUUAUUGUUUGCUGAACACACGCCAGCAGGAUUAAUCCCGAAAGUUGAGAACCACGAGGAAGAUAUCCCGAGGGUUGGGAGAUGGGAUAUAUACCAGAUUUCUGAUUACAUUUGA